AUGUCACCAUUAUAUGAAGAGUUAUUCAAGGACGGUAUCAUGUCAAGGUACUUUUAUGAACCGAGGAAUUUUACAUCACAGUGCAAUGAGCCAAUGGAACCAUUUAAUAUGGGACGUAACACAGGCAAAAAGUUAACAAUACGUGGCUGUGCGGUCUCCAUAAGUCGUCAUGGCUUUUUCAACACGACAAUGGUUUUAUUCGAUAGGUACGAUAUGUGCCGUGAUGUUAAAGCGUCAGAUCUUUUUCGUUAUGAAUCGGAUUCACAAACAGUUCGAGUAUGUUCAUGCCUUGGUGAUCGUUGUAACGUCAGUACAAAUUAUUGCAAAGCAACUCGUCAACUCGUCGUCGCUACCGUCAUUUUUGUGUCUUUUGUCCCGAAAUUGUUUUAG